AGAGGUUAUUACAGGAAGUAAAUAAACAGAGGCCUUGCACAACAUGAGUAAAACAUCAUUCCAACGUGAAAAUCCGGCAAAGGCAGAUCUCUAAAACCUUGCGUUAGCUACAAAGAUGUCUUCAAGACAGAAGAAAUUCGAAGGUGACAUCAAAACUGCAAUUCAACUGAUUGAAGAAGAACAUUGGCCAGUUCACAAUUUUGAAACAGCAGGAACAUCCCUCACAUUCACGCUGAAUAAGAAUGAUGAUUUGCGUGAAUUUUCCAUUGUAACAUCAGAUGAAUACCCAGAAAACACAUUAGUCUACAGAGAUGGUGAUUUUAACAAUCCUGUUAUUAGUAAUGAUGCUAUACCUACUAUUAUUUCUACUUGUGUCAAAAAUGAUGGCACAGCGCAUAGUACACUUCAGACCACGUUGGUUCAGCGCACCAUCAGUAUGGAAUCAGAGGCAUCAAAUUACGAGGACGCCAAUUCCAACCUUGGGGACUCUGAUAACGACAACCAGGACGAGGAUAUGGAUGAUUAUUACAAUGACGAGGAAAUGUCGUUGGAGGUCGGCAUUAAUCCAGUAUUAGACACUGACAUGGAGAAGCUGAUCAAUAUCCACGGGGAAGAUGUGCUGAGUUACAGGUUAUUGGAUUCCAUUGAUGAAAUUGACGUAGAACUAAACAUUAAGUUAGCAGGAUUUAUAGCGAAAGAGAUAGCUGAGGCCUGGAGACUGAACAGUGAAGAGCCGUUAGUUGUCCGAAUACACCUAUCGUUGACAUCAUACCUGGACACCCCAAACCCACCCAAAGUAGAAGCUUUCCAGCCAUCAAAGAAAGAGAAGUGUGGAGUGGGAAGCCAGAUGAGGAAAAUCCUAGAAUCUUUUCUGUCGGAGAAUUGGCCAAAAACCAGUAAUGACCAGUUACAAGCCGUUCACAACUUUCAGGAGAGGACGAUGGCCAUGUCCUCAAUGGAGACAUCCCAAUCCAGCACUACUCUGUCCUCCGCCCCCAUCACAGUCGACGACAAAGACCUGGCCAGUAUCAUGGAGAUGGGAUUCUCCGCUGAGCAGGCGAGGAAUGCUCUCAUACUGAACCGGGGAGACAUCCUUAAAGCUACAAAUGAUUUGUUUAUUAAUUCUGAAGUGCGACAAAAAGGACUUACAGUCCCUGAUAAUGCAGGCAAAGGGCCUCCUGUUAAAGGUACUAUGCGACAGGCGUCACAUCCACCCAUCCUAAAAAAAAUAAAGCGUGGUUUUGGACGACAAACAAGUUCUGUGGCAACAGCAUCUGCCCCUAAGGAGGGAGCUUCUCAAGAUCAAAGUUCAUCUGAUCUGACCUUGGUUCCUUCAUCCACAUGGCUUGGGAAGAAUGCUAAACGGGUUCCUAGUCUGGAGCAUGGAUUCCUAGUACAGCUGUUCCAGUAUAUUCGUCAGAGGAUUCCCACACUAAAUGAAUACUGCGUUGUCUGUGAUGAAGCACAUGUCUUUCAGAAUGGUGCCAUGUUAAAGCCAGCUGUAUGCUCACGGGAACUAUGUGUAUUUGCCUUCCAAACCCUGGGGGUGAUGAGUGACGCAGCAGAAGACAUAGCUACUGGUGCUGAGGUUGUAGACUUGCUGAUUGCCAUGACGAGAGCUGCUUGUGCUUCCACUAGAAAGGCUGUGAUCUUUGAUCCCUAUCCAACGAUUGUGGAUCCUAAAAACAAUAGCGAACUGGCUUUUAAUCCCAAGAGUAAAGAUUACGCCAAAGUAGAAAGUGCCCUAGAUAGUAUUAUUUCUAUGCAAGAAAUGACCAGACUUGGAGCUGCCAAUAUGAAGAAAAAACUAGAAGAAAAUAACAUAUAUUCCUACCCCCUACUACAGUGGAUGAUCACAAGUAACAGAUCACAUAUUGUGAAAUUACCUGCUGACAAGCAAAUGUCUUUCAUGAGAACACCUCACCAGUUUCUCUUACUUAGUAGUCCCCCUGCCAAGGAGGCAGUGUUUAGAGAGUGCAAGCAGCAACAUGGCAGUACCUUUGCAUUCCAUGGUUCAGGUAUAGAAAACUGGCAUUGCAUUAUACGCGAGGGACUAAUCGUAGCGUCGGGGACGACGAAGCAGGUAAACGGGGCAGCUUAUGGCAAGGGAGUCUAUCUGAGUCCUAGUGCCAGUGUCUCCUUCGGUUAUUCAAGGAUGGGAUAUGGAGGUCACAAGGUCAAAUCUGAUAAAUCACAGAGUAAGUCACGAUUCUUGUCCAGCAAUAACAUCACCUGCAUAGCACUGUGUGAAGUGAUCACCGCACCAAAUCUGAAGAAAUCAGGAAAUAUUUGGGUGUCUCCCUCAAGUGACCAUGUUUGCACACGAUUUUUCUUUGUGUAUGAGGACGGACAGGUGGGAGACUCCGACAUCAACACGCAAGAUGAUAAAUACAGAAAGGAAAUCAACAAAGCUGUGGGUUACCGUACAUGUUAGGUAGUUUUGUGCAUUGAUGGUGUUCCUGAGGAAAUCAACUGUAUGUGAUUGACUGUAGCAAGACUAUUAACAUUUUACGUGAUCAUACCGAAGAUGGAUUCUGGUCAGUCUAUCUCUAAAGCAAGCUAAAUAAUACUACUUCUAUUACCAUGUGAGGAAUACAAUGGAGCUUUGAUAAUCGAAUCAUCAUCAUGUUCAUUAUUUAAGUAAUCCAUUCACAAUAAUUACAGAAAUAAUCCAGUCACCUUCAUUACUGAAAUAACCCAGUCACUUUCAGUAAUUAAAUAAUCCAGUCACUUUUACUACUAAAAUAAUCCAGUCACCUUAAUAACUGAAAUAAUCCAGUCAACUUUGCAACUUGAGGAAUCAAUCACUUUCAUUACCUAGAAAAUCCAGCCCCAUUUAUGAACUGUUAUAAUCCAGCCACCUUUUUUACCAAGAUAGUCCAGCCAUCUUCUUUACCAAGCAAAUCCAGUUACCUCCUUUCCAAAAUAUAAUCCAGUUACCUCCUUUCCAAAAUAUAAUCCAGUUACCUCCUCUACUUAAAUAAUCCAGCCAUCUUUAUUGCUAAAUUGUACAUUCAUCCUUAGACUGUACAUAAUCCAGCCAUCUUUAUUGCUAAAUCAUACAUUCAUUCUCAGACUGUAAGUAAUUCAGCCAUCUUUAUUGCUAAAUCAUACAUUCAUUCUCAGACUGUAUGUAAUCCAGCCAUCUUUAUUGCUAAAUCAAUCCUUCAGCCGCCAUCUGUAGAUAAUCCAGCCCUCUACAUUGCCAGUUGAUAAUCAUGCCACCUUUGUACCCAGUGCGUUAUCUAGCCAACAUCAUUCCAAGUAGAUAAUUCUUCCAUUUUGUUCCCGGUAGAUUAAUAUCCAGCCAUCUUCAUUCUCAGUAGAUAAUCCAGCCACCUUCACUUUCAGUGCAGGUAGAUAAUCCAUGCAAACUAACUUUUUUAAAGCAAAAUUAAGAUGGCUGGAUUAAUUAUACUGUUACAAAGUUAAAAAGAUAAAAAGGCAAAUCAGUUCCCUAAAACACUGGCUUGAUAGUGGGACAAUUGGAUUACAGGUUGUAGGAUUAAGAGGCUUGAUUAAUAGUUUUGCAAUUACCUUAUAUAAUACCCUGGUUGUUGGAACAAUCAUUUAGGAUAAACACAUAACAGUUAUGCAUAUGACCACAGUAGUUUUGCAGGCAUUUGUUUGUUUGUUUGUUUUUUGUGUGGGUUCAACAUUAUAGAAACAUAUUUCACUGUUUAAACAAUUGCUCUAGUCUUAAUAAUGAAUUCAAUCUACUGUAUAUAACAAAUUCUAAGGUAUUUCUUGAUUCAUAAGGCAUGUGUGAAUACAUCAUGUAACUGAUUUUGCUGUGGUCUUACUUGUAUCGACCCUUUUUGAUUACAUUAACUCUUUGAUCAAUGAUCAGGAAAUGUUUGAAUAAACAAGUGGAGGUUUCAAAAACUUAAACUUUAUGAAAAAUAUUAAAGUGAUGAAAGUUGAUUCACACUUUUGUAAAAUCUCAAUACAUGAGUUGUCUGCUGUCUGCACACAUGACUGACAUAUACAAUCUGUUCUACAUAAUAAGGUUUCAUUUUACUCACAGAAUUAGAUGUAGACAGGUUUACACACAUGGCAGUGCCGUGUUUUUUCUUUUGACAAAAUAUUUUCAUGCUAUCAUGAACAAUGCUAUGUAGAAACAUAGUACAUGGCAGUACUAUGUUUUUUUUCUUCAAAAUUUCCCAUUUUUUUGGCAUUUUUAUUUGUGAAAUAUUAGGUUUUGCGGUGAAGAAAAAAGGUGAUGUUUUUUCUUUUCUGAACAAACAAUCUUUUCGUUAAUUUCAUACUAUAUGGACCAGGAAUUAGUCAUAUUCCACUUGUAGGUUGAAUAUUUCUAAUAUUUUGUUCACUCCUGUUAUGAAUUUCCAAACAAAAUAUCAAAAUAACAGUUCAUGUUCAAUCCACAUGUGAAAUAUAACUGUUAUAAAGAAACCAAGAAUAUCCUUUACAUCUUGUUAUCAGUACCUAGCUAUUUUCAUGAUAGUACCUUUCUAUUUUAAUUUCAAGCUGUACCAUGUCAUUUUGUGAAAUAACCAUGUUUUUUAUUCGAAACAAUACAAUGUUAUUUUCACGGGCAUACCUUGAUAUGAUAUGUUAACAAAUAUCAUGAUAUCAUUUAUGGCAGUGCAAUGUUAUUUUAACAGUAGUGUUAAUUUCACAGCUGUGUAUUUUUUUUCGUGAUUAAGUGAAUCACUGAUUCAACAUGACAAGAUUUAAAAACUUGUCAAGUAAUGCUUUAGAAUAGGCAAUACUAAAACUGUAUUUUCGACGGUGAAUACAUUUAUUUCUGCACCAUAAAUACAAAAAUAACAAUGCAAAAUCAGGAGUAUUCACUUGCAUUAUAAUGCAAAAAAAGUUAUUAGUGAAAAUGAAAAUUAAGGUCUUAAGAAUCUCUUCGACUGGUAAUAACAAGCCUUUAUCAUAGUACCAAGUACUAACAGAAAAAUCAGCUUUACCUUAAUUGAAGUAGAGACCAUAACAAAGUUGUUUUAGUUAUUUUUGUGAUCAGGUAUAACCAAGUUUUGAUAUCAUUGAAGUUUUAAGUAAUUUUUACCAAACUGUAAACAUACUUAUGUACACAUACUGUGCUGAAAGUCGAAUCAUGCAUUGUGUUUUGAUUUUAGUUCUAAUUAUGAACGUGUGUGAAACACACUUCGACACUGUUGAAUAUUGGUCAAAUAUUAAAUGCAAAUUCCCCAAUUAUGUAAGGGGAGUUUAUAAAGAUUAUGUGAGGUUGCCAUUUGAUAAUAGUGCAUGACUUGUAUAAAGUUAUUUCUUUGAGUUAAGAGGGUAUUGAAUCAUUUUGUUUGAUGUGUUCAGGUCGAAUUUUUAGAGUUUAGACAGAGGAACAACAUGACCAGCUGGUUAUCUAUUUCCGUCAGAAAAGAUAUCAGACUCAUCACAGGGUUGGAGUUUUACCUCAAUAGUAAAUUAUGUACUGUAGUGCAAAUGAAUUUUUAUAAUUGGAAGUUUCAACGACAUUUUCAUAUAUAUAUAUAAUUUGCUUAUCUUUGCCAUUUCCAGACGGGUCAGGGUUAAGUAAGUUUGUAUUGUUAGUUGAAUUCUUUGAUAUCUGAGAUUUCACUCAUACAUUUAUAAUUAGUUAUAAUUGUAAAAUGAAACAAUAGUUGAAACGUUUUUGUGGGUUUUAUGUUCACAAACUAUCUAACUCAUACAAAGUUUCACAAUCUAUUAUUUGACUAUAAUAAACUUCAUUCUGUAAAAUCAUUCAUAUUUUGGAUGUUUCUGUACCAAUAUAUCUAUAUAAGUGGUUACACUACAACUACCAAUACUGUGGAAGUUUCUUCUUAUACAGUAUGUACAUUUUAUGUUGAUAAAAUGCAAAGCUUUUUUGUGUGCAUGCUUAGGUAAUACAUGCAAGGUCAUGCGAGAUUGAUAAAAAAAUGAAAUAUUAUUUAGGGACACUUGUUUGAUUAAACAAGAUAUUGACAUAAUUUGCCAUGACUAACAAAAAAAAAAAGAGAUUUACCAUUUUGUUUUGUUUUAUCUGACAUCUUUUAAGAUAUGUAAUUAUAUAAUAUGUAUAUGCAUAUAUAAUAUCAUCUACAAAUAAUGUUAUGAAUGGUUUGAUACCAGAGCACAGUGUGAUAUAAUGUGUUUUUAUGUGAGUGAACAUGUAAUUAAAUACAAUAAUGAACAUUUAUUUUGACUCGUGGAAUGAGUCAUUUGAUGUUACAGAAAUGUGGGUAAUUGUGAAUACACUUGAUUUUGUUAUUAAAGAUGAAUGAUGAAUAUUAG